AUGUUGUCACUGGGCAACCACGAGUUCGAUGAAGCAGUGGACGGAGUCGUACCCUUCAUUAGAAACUUGAGCGCACCCGUACUGGCAGCUAACCUCAUCCUAGACAAAGUACCAGAUCUUAAGAACGAAAAGAACCUACACAAGUCCAUCGUUAUUGUAAAAAAUAAUGUCAAAAUUGGCAUAAUCGGAUAUCUUACGCCUUCAACGCAAUUUCUUGCUCCUCGUAACAAUGUAGAAUACGAAGACGAAAUCCCAGCAAUAAGGCGAGAAGUGAAAAAACUCAAAGCGCAAAAUGUUAACAUUUUUAUAGCUCUCGGACAUUCCGGAUUCUUAAAAGACUUGGACAUUGCAAGAGAAGUCGAAGAACUCGAUUUAGUAAUCGGAGGGCACUCUCAUACAUUCCUUUGGAACGCUGCUAGCACUCCAGAGAAACCUGAAGUACCUGAAGGACCCUACCCUACAGAAGUGCAACAAGCAAACGGUAGAAUCGUAAGAGUCGUGCAAGCAUACGCUUACACUAAGUAUAUGGGAAAACUGCAUUUAGUUUUCAACUCGGCAGGAGAAAUCGUUAAAUGUGACGGCGUUCCUAUAUUACUGAACCAAGAGAUCUCGAGAGACCUGGAGCUUUUAAAAACUGUAAACAAGUAUCAUGCUGACAUGGAUCGCAUAAACAGUGAACCUGUUGGAAGUUCAUUAGUUUUACUUGAUCAAACAAGAUGUAGAUUGCGAGAGUGCAAUAUAGGUGACAUGAUCGCUGAUGCAAUGUUAAACUUUACCAAAGAACAACAUCAUAUGGAAUAUCCUGAUGUAAACAUAGCUAUUAUACAAGGAGGUCGAAUAAGGACAUCAAUAUACCAUGAAGGCAAACCAUUCACAAUUACAAGAGGUGAUUGUAUAAACGUCUUGCCAUUUUCAGACUCGUUGACUAUAAUAACAAUGAAUGGUGCUACAUUGAAAGAGAGUCUGGAACAUUCUGUAUCAACAUGGCGCACUAUUGACAGUACUGGACAAUUCCAACAAUUUUCUGGAAUGCAAGUCACUUACGACUUAGCUCAACCUGUAGGUUCCCGUGUUGUAAGGGCUAAAGCAGUUUGUUCCAACUGCGGAUUCUACGACUUACAAGAUAUAAAAGACGAAUAUGAAUACAAAGUGUUGAUGCCAACAUUCCUGGCUGAAGGAGGAGAUGGUUAUACCAUGUUUAUGAAUCUUACAAAAGAACUACUUCCAUAUAACGAAUUGGAUACUGUUUUAUACUAUUUAGCUAAUUACAGUCCUGUCGAUACACAUUUAGACGGUCGUAUAACAAUACUUAAUGAAGACAAGAAUAAUAACUUUGAAAGCACUCCUUAAGAAGUGUGCAGUCAGGUGUAUUGAAUCGUACAUAAAUGAACCUCAAAUACUUAUUUGA